AAAGCCACUGCUGAGGUUGGUUCCCUUCAUAUCUAACCCGCAAAAACGGAGAAAAAUACCACUCCCACAUGGUUAUGCUUCUCCAGCCAGCACGACCGUAGGUUGUUUGUUGAAAUGUCACUUCGACACCUGCUUCUCCAAGCUAGGCGGCGCUCGUGUCAGACGCCUCCGCAGCUCUCUGCAAUCCUCCAUAUAUUCCGUUCACUCUCCAUUCAACCAUCCAGAACUUCCCCGGACCAAAUCCAGCUGCCCCAAACCUCGCCUUGUUCCAAUGCCAACGCACUUGGCGCCGGCUUCCACAUUGACAUUGUGGACUCCGACCUCUGGCCUUCUUCCUUCGGCUUCUCCUCAGAACCCAUGCUGGGUGAUGAGUGUCCUGAUAGCUUCCAGGAACACGAAGAAGAAGUGCACGACUUGGAUGACGAGAUAGAUGACAUGAGAAACCGCAAGAAGCUGUUCUACAAGCUGGACAGGGGGUCCAAGGAGUUUGAGGAGAACAAUUUGCCCUUGCGGCGCAGAUGGAAGAGAGAGAAACCCAAUACCAAGAAUCCAUCAGAGAGCAACAAGGUGGAACCUAGCAAACCACCUCCUUUGAAGGUUCCAAAGUUGAAGGUCAAGCCUGUAGAGCGAAAAGACGACAUGGUUGAGGUGAAGAGGGACCGAGUGCCGACGUUUAACCAGAUGACUGGUCCUUACCACUACCCUUUCUGCCUAGACAUACAUGUCUCGAAGGGGUCGGUGCGUGCUUGCUUCGUUCACCGAGUGACCAGCAGAGUGGUGUCGGUUGCUCACUCCAUAUCAAAGGACAUGAAGUUUGAUCUUGGUUCAAGGAAGGGUAUCAAGGCAUGUGUGGCGGUUGGGGCGUUACUUGCGAAGCGUGCGAUAGAGGACGAUAUUCACAAUGCAAUUUAUACACCUAGAAAAGGGGACAAAAUUGAAGGAAAAAUCGAGGUUGUGCUGCGUGGAAUAAUUGAGAAUGGAGUUGAUGUGAAGGUGAAACUCAAACAAAGGAAGCUAACAAAGAAUGCGCCGGCGGUGCAGCGUGAUGAGUCUCGGUGGUAGCCUCACAGUUGGCCAGCAUAUAUUAACCUCUUGAUAGCAUGGAUUCAGCGCCACAGUACCCAUUUUUACUUCAUGUCGGAGCCAAACCAUUAUAUAUAGAGCAGACAAAGGAGAUGUGCCAAUCCUAUCAGAUCUUAGGGUUUGUGCUACCAGCUUGCAGCUAGUCUACACUCUGCAGUUUGUGCUGAGCUUCCAGUUCCAUGUGUCCGUCUUUCGCUUGCUUCAUGACAUGGCACAGUUUGGUGUAUUCCUGUGUAGGACUCCGACGGCUGUCAUUCCUCUUUUAGUGCUGUUCCUCCUCAUUGUCGAUGGCUGAAGAUCAGAGAUGUAGCUGUGAUCUGGGCUUGUGGCUGUACCUAUUUCUUUAGAUGUCCUGUUGAUCAUACUGUGUAUGUACUGAUGCAAUGCUACUGGUUGCCGUCUGCACUAGACUAUCGAGUGCCUAGUCAGAAUUAGGGCCUCGUUGUAUCA